UAGCCGGGCUGCAUAUAAGCAUACCAUACAUUGCUAGAGACCCACAAGAAAUCGAGCGCUCUCAUUGGCCGUAUUACAUUGUGAUAACAUUAUACAAUUAUCAAUAUUCAAUGUUUUGAAAUUAUAUGUUUUUUUUUGAAACUAUAUUAUUUUGGAUAUUUUUGAUUUAUUUAACAAAAAAAUUAAAAUAUGAUUUAUCCAGCAUCAUUUAAACAUGAAAUUGUCAAAGAAGACGAUGUUAAUAUUAUUUUAAGGUGUGACGCAAAAUCUAUUGAGGGUAUUAAUGUAUGGGUUGCUGAGUUAGGUAGACUUAAUUAUAUACAUUGGAACGUUCGUUCGAGUAUUCCAAAUGGGCAGCGAAUUAAGUGUUCUAAAAAGUUUGUUUGUCAACACAGUGCUUUUCAGAAGCCUAGUGCAUUAGCAAACCAAAAAGGCUUGUCCAAAAAUGCAGAGUGUCCAGCAAGCUUAAAAGCUGUUAUUAAACUGGACACAGUAUCUACGAGGAAGAAAGAUCCAUUUAUUAAGAUUGGUCAAUGGGUAAUAAUACAAAAGUUAAGUUGUUGUAAAGUUAAGCCAUAACACUUGUAAGCUCUUAAAACAUAAACAAUUUAAAUUAUGUCUGACUAAUAAAAAUAAAUGUAUUAAAUAGUUUUUUUUCACAGGUUCCUAAUAAGUGUUAUAUUUGUAAAAUAAAAAUUAAUUCUACAUUUUUACAGAUUGGUCAAUGGGUAAUAAUACAAAAGUUAAGUCGUUGUAAAAUGAAUCCAUAACACUUGUAUGAUUUUAAAAUAUAAACAAUUUAUAAAAUAAAUGUAUUAAAUAAUUACUUUAAA